UCAAUAAUGAAUUCGCUGUAAGACAAAAAAAAAGCAAAGUAUACAAGAGUUAAAACAUAUAACGCUGCUGUCAAUUUAAUUUAAAAAAACUAGUGUGUUCCAGGAUAUAAUUCACUAAAAUCUAGUAAGCGUACUUAGUAAACAAAUGAAAAUUUUAUAAAAGCAAAGCAUCUAUAUUGUGAAGAUAUGCCAAGCGAGAUAAUUACACUGCAAUUGGGCCAAUGCGGCAAUCAAAUUGGGUUUGAGUUCUGGAAACGAUUAUGUCUCGAACACGGCAUAUCGCCAAGUGGUGUUUUAGAAGAUUUUGCCACUGAUGGCGUAGAUCGCAAGGAUGUUUUCUUUUAUCAAGCGGAUGAUGAUCAUUAUAUUCCGCGUGCGGUUUUAUUGGAUUUAGAACCCCGAGUUAUACACUCUAUAAUGAGUUCACCAUAUGCAAAGCUUUAUAAUCCUGAAAAUGUUUACUUAUCAAAACAUGGCGGUGGUGCUGGCAAUAAUUGGGCCUCUGGUUACAGUCAGGGUGAAAAAUUACAAGAAGAAGUAUUCGAUAUAAUCGAUCGCGAAGCAGAUGGCAGUGAUUCUUUAGAGGGAUUUGUACUCUGUCAUUCUAUAGCCGGUGGCACUGGCUCUGGAAUGGGUUCAUAUAUAAUGGAACGUUUAUCUGAUCGUUUUCCUAAAAAGUUAAUACAAACCUACAGCGUUUUCCCGAAUCAGGACGAAAUCAGUGAUGUUGUUGUGCAGCCUUACAACUCAAUGUUGACGCUACGCCGACUUACUAGUUGCGCUGAUUGUGUUGUUGUGUUGGACAACACAGCCCUAAAUCGUAUAGCUACUGAUCGCUUACACAUACAAAAUCCAAGUUUUACCCAAAUCAACACUUUGGUAUCGACAAUAAUGUCAGUUAGCACCACAACGCUACGCUACCCAUCUUACAUGAAUAAUAAUCUAAUUGGAUUAACAGCGCCCUUAAUACCAACACCACAGUUGCACUUCUUGAUGACUGGAUAUACACCUUUGACAACUGAUAAUGAUCAAACCGUUAAUGUACGUAAAACUACUGUUUUGGAUGUUAUGCGGCGUCUAUUGCAACCAAAAAAUAUGAUGGUGUCAACUGGACCAGAUAAAACAAAUCAUCAUUGCUAUAUAUCCAUUUUGAAUAUAAUACAGGGUGAAGUUGAUCCUACACAAGUGCACAAGUCACUGCAACGUAUACGCGAACGAAAAUUGGCACAGUUUAUACCUUGGGGUCCAGCUAGCAUACAAGUGGCACUCUCGCGUUCAUCUCCAUACGUACAAAGUAGUCAUCGAGUUUCAGGUCUUAUGCUCGCCAACCAUACAAGUAUUUGCUCACUUUUCGAACGAGCGUUAGGACAAUAUGAUAAACUUAAGAAACGUGGCGCCUUUCUUGAUCAAUUUCGGCGUGAAGAUAUUUUCAAAGAUGAUUUGUCUGAAUUAGAUGAUUCACGUGAUGUUGUCGAUUGUUUGGUGCAGGAAUAUGAAGCGGCAACACAGCCAAAUUACUUGCAAUGGUCUGCUAAAAAGGGUCAAGAAGAAAUCCAUUGAAAUGUGUAAAAGUACGAACAUUACAUGCGCACAUGUUGCCAUAAAAAAAGUAUUUGUAUUACUCGAAUGAAAUUUAAAAACUAAUAGAAGCAUUUAACUCAGUAAGGAGAACUUCAAAAAAAAAAAAAAAGUUACCUAUCGAUUGUUGAGGUACAUUUCAUUGUAUAUUAAUCUCAACCUGAGAAUUCUCGAUUAUUCCCCAUAUUGCAGUUACAUAUGUACACAAUUUAUCAAAGUAAACGCCACAAACAGACAUUACAUUCAUUUUUAUUAACUUAUUUCUUUAUCUUUCAUAUGAAUUUCAAAUAAUAUUGCAUUCUUUUUAAAUAUUUCUAAAAUCCACAUUCUUCACACACUCUAUACAUACAUUUAUAUUUAAUGUUUUCAUCAGUUGGUUAUUAAGUUUGUGAUAUUUGGCCAAUAAAUUACAUCUUAUAAAGAUUUUCUGAAGAUAUGUAAA